GCCAGGACACCAAGUUUUCUCCGGCGAUGCGGCACCAGCGCAUUUUUUGGCAGCGAGCGCGGAGGCCAACAGGAGAAGAGAGAAAAAAAACCCCCCCGAGAGAGAUUUAAAUUAAGAAAAAGGAGGCUUGCCCACCGCCACACUCCAUCAAGUCCACCGGUAACAAAAGCAGCCUUAUCAUCUGUAGAAUCCCCUGAACCUCGUCUCCUCCUCCUUGACGUCUCUUCUCUCGCUCUCUGCUCUCACCUCCACAAGCCCACUACGGACAACACCACACACACCACACCUGUCUGCAUCCUUCCGGUCACAGCCCAGCAACUCCCUCAUUUUCACAGCGUUGCAACAGACCUUCUUCCCCUUUCCAAAAACAAGAGACCCAUUCUUUCGUUCCCAAACUCCGCUGGACCCGACUGCGUGGUUCUCUCCCUCUAGCGUCGAUCUCGCUGCAUGACCCAGUAGGCGCACCACCUUAGCUAGCCCUCUCGACCAGUUUUUUUGCGAAACCUAAACGCCCGAAAUCCAAAGUAGCGCCGCCCUAUAAAUCCUUCGGUCCCUCGCCGCCUCGCCCUAGUAUCCUCCGCCUCGUUCUGCUUCCGGCCUUUCCCCACGAUGCUCUCCUACGAUUCCCCCGUCGUUGUCGGCGCCGAGUCCUCCAAAGCCGUUGCUGUUGCUGUUGCUGCUGCUGCCGCUCCUCCUCAGAUUCGCCAACAACCGUCUACUAGAAUGGCCGCGCCGGCUCCGGAGCAGGCCCGCGGCCAUCAUCACAUCUUUCUUGUCACUGGCCCAGCUGGCUGCGGAAAGACAACAGUCGCAGAGCAUCUUGCCCAGGCUGUCGAUAUGCCCUACAUUGAGGGUGACUCAUACCACCCAAAGACGAAUAUCGACAAGAUGAGCAAUGGCGUGCCACUUACUGAUGCCGAUCGCUGGGAUUGGCUCACGCUGCUGCGCGAAGAAGCUAUUCACCGCUUGCGCGACGGCGCUGGUGGCGUAGUCGUCACUUGCUCAGCACUCAAGCGCAAAUACCGCGACGUCAUCCGCGUAGCUGCAUACUUUGACCACAGCAUCCUCGUCCAUUUCAUCUACCUCGACGCCCCGGAAGAAGUCCUGCUGCACCGCGUUACGCAACGCCAGAACCACUACAUGGGUGCCAACAUGGUCCAGAGCCAGUUCGAUAUCCUCGAGCGCCCGUCCGCCGACGAAAAGGACGUCACAGGCAUCGACGUUAGCCGAUCUCUCGAUGAGGUCAAGGUGGAUGCGCUCGCCCGUGUGCGCGAUAUCCUUGCCCAAGAUGCGGCUGCAGAGACUGCCUAAGCUCCAUCUUGCGCUCGGAACACCUUCACCCUUCUCUCUUGUCGUUUGAACAUUGACCACACCCUUGACGUUUCGGAGACAGGUCCUUGGGCCUGCUGUUACUAUUAUUAUUAUCAUUUACUUUACGGGAUUAACGAGACAUUUUUGGAUAUUUUGAUACCACCCAUUAUUUUUUGGAGUUUUACAGAGCGCAUAACCAUUUUGCGCAGAUGCACGAGCUGAGCGUUGCAUUCGCGGGGACGACUUCUGCAGCGGCGUGGCUUGUCGGCGGGUGUCCGUCUCCUGCUGCAGACCUCACAGGGAUACAAAGACAUUGAAUUUGAGAGUCAUUUGCUAUGCAUGGAAACGUUUGGUCGUUGGGUUUCAUUUUUCGAGCUGUUCUGUAUGUUUACUUGUUAACACAAUCUUAUGACCAUUGACUCCCAUGACCGGGGCACACGUUGUUGAAAAGUGAACCACACAGGUUCCAGACAAGUCUACUGUAUUGUAGCAUAGUUUUGAUGGGCUUCAAUUCGAGUCCUCUUGUACACUAGUUGCACUACUCAUGCCCUGAGGAAAACGUCGUCCACCUUCGGACGAAGACAACUCGCUGUCACGGCGGCUGCAGGAGCUGCGGCCAGCGCAUGCAGGUUCCCGCUGUAUGCACAACGUGCGUCAUUCGCUGCCCGUACCCAUGUCUGCAGCGACUGAGGAUACGCCUUAACAAUGCACCGCUCCGUAUUUAGCUGCAGCUUGAAGUGGGCUUGUUUGGCGGCAGGGAUUCCCGCCGAGCAAUGGCGAAGUUACGUGGGGGUGCACGCAAUAGGCUAUUGAACAGGCCUCAAGAGUCGGGGCCAACCGCUGUUAGAUUAUUUUAUAAUUUUUUUAUUUCAAAAAAUAGCUAUGUAUAACUUUUAUAUAUAGAAAACAAAACCCCUUUACUGCCGCCUUCGCUCCCGAUUGCGUGUAGCAAGCGGUCAAAUAUAUACAAAUGUGACGGCAAUCAUCACGGUAGCAGGCAGGGCACAUGGAUGCUGGACUUGGUGACAGAAUGAGAUGGUAAUGAGAAAGCUCCAUGAAAAAAGAUUCGGCAGUUGAUGAGCAGCGUUGCAAUUCGCGGCUCUUGGAGAGAAAAAUGCAUCCUUUUCCACCAGUGCUGGGGCAAGAGGAGCAAUGGCUCAUAGACGACAGGGGUGAUGCAGCUGCGGGAGCUUGCAUGGUGUUUGCUGGCGUCGUCGACCGGUGUAAGCAAGGCUGCAUGCCUAAAAGAGGAGUCCAGUGAAGGACAAGGCAUGAAUUCUAAAUGCAUACAGAAAUCAUAGGCAGAGGUAAAUGGAGGGGGUGCGUAAAGAGAGAUCAGGCCGUAGGCAAGAGGUUGGCAUUCCUCAAUCGCACACGUUCCCGACGGGAUGCAAUUGUAUGCAAGACGUUAGAUUGUCGUCAUCGUGAUUUUGCAGCGUUGUCAUAAUUUAUCGGAGGUGCAUGACCAUGACAUCGGGCUCUUCGACAAUGGUACGGACAACGUCGGCUGCGCGGGCCAUGGUGGCGCCGUCGACAACACGGUGGUCAGCACUCCAGCUGAAGUUGCAGAUUUGCUUCUUGACAAUCUCAUCGUUCUCAUCAAAGGCAGGGACGGUACGCAUGCGGCCAAUGCCAAGGAUAGCGACCUCACGCUCAACAAUAACGGGGCUCAAGUACGUUCCGCCAAUGUUGCCAAUGUUGGACACGGUAAUGGUGCCACCAGUCAUGUCCGAAGGUGCAAGCUUGCCUUGCAUAGCGAGACCCUGGAGACGGUUAAGCUCUUCGGCAAUGGUGACAAUGUUGAGCGAGCCAACAUUCUUGAUGACGGGGACGACAAGGCCAGAAGGCGAGUCCAUGGCAAUACCAAUGUUGUGCUGGGAUCUCAUGACCAGACCAGGCUUGUUGGUCUCAGCGUCAAUCUCGACACGAGCAUUGAGGAUAGGGAACUGGUAGAGGGCCAAAGAAACAGCCUUGAUGAUGAAGGGGAGGUAAGAGAUCUUGGAGAGCUGGCUGCCGGGGGCGGGGCUCUUGGCGAGGACCUUGUUGAGGCGGGUGCGGAGGUGAACAAGAUCAGAAAAGUCAAUCUCGUCGGCGUAGAGGAAGUGAGGGAUAGUAAGGGAGCGGCUCAUGGACUUGAACAUGCCCUGCUGCAUCAUGGUCAAUGGCUGGCGAGUCUCAACCUGGACAGCUGUGUCGGUGGGCAGAGCGGAAGCGGCGGGAGCACCAGUGCCAGGAGCAGCGGCAGCAGGCUUAGCUCCCUUGUUCUGAAUAAAGCGCAGGAUAUCCUCCUUGAGCACUCUGCCGCCCUUGCCGGUGCCUUCAAUCUCGUUGAUGUCGACAUUGUGCUCCUUGGACAUGUGGCGGACGGCGGGCGUAGCCACGGAAGCAUGGGUGCCCUUGGGCUUGGGAGUCUCGACAGCAGCUGCGACAGCAGCAGCAGCGGGAACGGGAGUCUCCUCGACAGGCACACUGGGAGCAGCAGGCUUGGCUUCUUCGACGGGAGCGGGAGCAUCGUUGGUGUCGGCCUGAAUAUCAAUGUCGACAAAGGGCUUGCCCACCUUGGCCAUCUCGCCCGCCUCGUAGUACAGCUUCUUGACGGUACCGGCAAAACGGCUGGUGAUUUCGACAGAGGCCUUGUCACUCUGCACCUCGCAGAGAGGAGAGAACUCUUCGACCUGAGCUCCGGGCUCGACAAACCACUGAAUAACCUCGCAUUCCACAAUACCUUCACCAAUAUCAGCCAAGACGACAGGCUUGACAGCACAGAGUCUUCUAGACUCAGAGAACCAUCUGGGAACUGCGGCGGGUUGCGUUCUUCCCAUGGCAACGCGGCUCAUGGCCAUGGAGGUACGCAGAGCCCGGGAACCUCGAGACAGAAACAUGGCGGGCAGGUAUGUUGUUAUGGUGACGAGGGAGUCCGCGUUUGUGAAGGGGAGAGCGAAAGGAAAGGAGGGUAAGGAAGUAGAGGGGGAAGCAGAAGAGAAUUGUAUUUGUGAAUGGACCAAGUAUUUUAUUUCGCUAAGCCAACCAGGUUAUCCAGAUGGCAUGUUGGGGUAAAAGUCGAGAAACGCGGCAUAGCAAGCCAGUGUAGCCCGGCUUAGGCGCAUUCAGUCGGCAUUGCACGCCCAAAAGCGUCGGCCACCGUGAAUAGCCGAGUCCGGGGCAGCCCACCCGCUAAACGGCC